AUUAAGUAUUACUCCAUGAGAUGCUCUGUCCUGAAAGACGAGUCCUAUGCCAAUGUAGGAGUGAGAAAUCAGGCGAAGUAGGUGGGUUCCUUGAUUUUGUCUCAGAUUCCUGGGGUUUAGUUCAUUUCCUUAACUCUUUCUUUGGAUAUGUAUAAAAAUCAGCUGCAGGAACUGGCACAGAGAAGCUGUUUCAACCUUCCUUCUUAUGCCUGCAUCAGAGAAGGGCCUGAUCAUGCCCCAAGAUUCAAAGCUUCUGUGAAUUUCAACGGCGAGAUCUUUGAAAGCCCGAGUUAUUGCACCACAUUAAGACAGGCAGAGCAUGCAGCUGCUGAAGUAGCUCUCAAUGUCCUGUCCACGAGAGGCCCUGCAAGGUCUCUAACUGCAAGAGUUCUUGAUGAAACUGGGAUUUACAAGAACCUCCUUCAAGAAACUGCUCAUAGAGCUGGACUAAAUCUUCCUGUAUAUACCACUGUACGAUCGGGUCCUGGUCAUGUCCCAGUAUUCACUUGUACCGUUGAGCUUGCUGGUAUGAAUUUUACUGGUGAACCAGCCAAAACGAAGAAGCAAGCAGAGAAGAAUGCUGCAAUUGCAGCUUGGUCUGCCCUAAAAAAAAUGCCAAACUUGGUUUCUUUCGCUCAUAGAGAAGCAGACAUUAGUGAAGAACAGGAUCCGGCAGUUGUGGCAAGGGUUCUGUCAAAUUUCAGUCCCAAAGAUGAAUGCAAACAUAUAAGGAGGAGGGAUCAGAACCAAACAAAGAGGAGAAUGGUCAGGGCUCAUAGAGACAUAAGUUGGGGUUCUUCAUCCUCAUCUAGUAACCAUAUGCAGAAACAGCCAUGGAGGCUUAUGGAUCUGUUUAUGGACUCUGUCCCAGAAGGUCCACUUAAAAAACAGAACUGUUUUGUAUCUCUUCUGCCUCCUCCCCCACCUAGAACAGCUUCAAAGAUCUUACCACCAACUUCACCUAGAGGCAGUCCAUCUCCUUAUCCAUCAAAUAGGCCUAUUCCAGUAAGAGUCAGGGGUAGAUCACAAAUUAUUACUCCUCCAAUUGAAGAGCAUCAAAGGGACGAAGAAGAGUGGCUCGGGGGGAAAUCAAAUGUAAUUAAGAAACCUACAGAAACUGAUGGUCCAUGCAAUUCAAAUUCAAGUUCUGCCCACGGGGCAAGUUCAAUAUACAGGCAAUUUCCUUUGUCCAGUACAGGGAAGAUGGCGGCUAUAAUGCUUGGUAACACCGCUCAGCAUGAACAAAGCCACAUCACAACAAGGCCUUUCGGUUCGCAAGAUCCAUCUAGAUUGGCAACAACUCCAAUCAAGGCGACCAGUACUGGUGCCCACAUGGCCGGGACUAUGUACACUGGACGGUUCAGUCCUCACAGGAUUGCCCCAGCAGUCAAUAUCAGAUCAGUGAUCCCAGUUUGUGCAGCACCACCACCAAUUAUCCGACCUUCAAAUCCCUCAACAGUAAAAGAAACUCCACCUUCAGCUUUAAGUCCUUCUACUUCAAUAUUGCCCACAACAACAAGAGAAGGGUUCUCAUCAGCUAGCUCGAAGUUGAACAAGCCACAGUUGGGCGAAACUCAGCUGGGUUAUGAGUUCAACAAGCUACAGUUAUGAGGUACACAACGUGAUAAUCGUAUUAUACAGCCUGCCUAAGCAUUUUCUGUCACUUGUUUUACGUUAUUGGUUGUUAUCUAAACUUUAGGUAUUGGCCCUUCGAAACCAUAGUUUUGUCUCAUGGGUCUAUGGUGAGAUUUUGUAAAAGAUGAUGAUAUAAUACAAUUUCCACCUUGACGUGUAUUUACUGCACACAAGACCCAGAGAGAGAGAGAGAGAGAGAGCGCAAUAAAUGAGAUCUGGGGGAGUGGGUUGCAGAAGAUAAAAGAGGGAGAGAAAAAGUGAGGGUAGAGUUGGGGGGCAGAUGGGGGUAGCAAUGAAGGCAGUCUGAAGAGGGCGAACGGACAAUUUCAGCGAUAAAGGUAAGUAAUUAAGGUGCCCUCAGAAAUAUUUAAUGGUCCUGUCUUCGCCAUUAAUGCUCUCCUCUUGCACAUACACGCACAUAGAGACAGAGAGAGAGAGAGCCUCUCUUUCCUCCCUCUCAUCUUCUUCCUUUCAUUUA